AUGCUCAUUCGGCAUGAGCGGAGGUGCUACGCCACCGAGACUGUCGAGGAGGGCGCUACUGCAGCGGCCGAGGCGGCGACACAGACGGGCGCGGCGGUGGAACGCGGCAGCGAUGCGAUGGCCUCGUUCAUCGCGGCCGACCCGGUGACCAGCUUGACGCCGGCAGCGCUGGAGGUGGUGGAGCGCACGACGAGCUCGUUCCCGCCCAUCAACUGGCUCGUGGACGCCAUGACGUUCGUCCACUACACCGUGCCUCUCUCGUGGGCCGCGACCGCCGUCUGCUUCACCCUCGCCUUCCGUACCAUGAUCUUGCCUGCCGUGGCCCUGACGAUGCAAAACAGCGCCAAGAUGCGCGCCGUUCAGCCCGAGCUGGAGAAGAUCAAGGCCAAGUACGGCCCCAACGUCGGCAAGGACGUCAACGUCGCCAUGCAGUACCGCGAGGAGGUGAGGAAGAUGAUGGCCCAGUCCGGCGUCAGCAUGUGGAAGACGAUGGUGCCCUUCCUCGUGCAGACGCCCCUGUUCGUCAGCUUCUUCUUCACCACCAGGAAACUUGCUGAGGAGGAGCCGGGACUUCGGGAUGCCAGCUUCCUGUUCUUCAACGAUCUGUCGGCGGCGGAUCCCUACUACAUCAUGCCCAUCCUCACUUCGCUCACCAUGCUCGCCACCAUCGAGCUGGGCUCUGAUGGUGUCGGCGGUCAGAGCAACCCGGCGCUCAAGAACUUCCUGCGACUCUUCUCCGUGCUCGCCAUUCCGGCCACGUCCAGCCUUCCCAUCUUCACGCACAUCUACUGGUUCUCGUCGAACUUGUUUUCGCUGUGCCAGCUGGGCCUGUUCAAGGUGCCCUUCAUCAAGAAGGCCCUCGGCCUGCCCGACUACCAGGGCGUGUCGCCCAUGCUGGGUAGCUCGGACCCGCAGCCCGCCAAGCCCGAGGUGACCUUCCAGCAAAAGCCCAGGAUCAUCAGGACCAAGAACCAGAAGUAG